CAUCUUCAUUCUUAUUCUAGAAUAAAUCAUAAUAUAGUUUAACUGCUAUUAAAUAUUAAUUAACAUGGACACUCAAGAUCAAAAUAAUAGUAUGUACAAUGCAUCAAAAAAAAAAUCAUCCAAACAUAAAAGAAAUUCUCACAGAAAUAUAAAUCAUGAUAAUAUAAUUUCAUUUAAAGCUAUAUUAAACCAAGAAUUUUGUGUUGAGGAUGAUAAUAAUGAACAGUAUCUUAGUGAUUUAUCCAUUGGGGAUUUGAAUAAUAAAGUUAAAAAGUAUAAUAUAUUAUACUUGGAAAAUAAAAUCAAUAUGUUUAAUGCAUUUGAUAUAGAUUUAAUCAGUUGUGUACAACAAAUGGUAAAGAGAUCAAAAGAAACAAAUAUUUUGGAAAUUACUAAUACAUUUGAUGCUAUUAGUAAAGUGUACUCAUGUAGAGUCGACGAUAUUUGGACAACGGGUAAUAAAUUAAUUAAAGAAUUUGUGUCAGAGACAAAACAUAAAAAGCUUAUUAAAGAGAAUGAGACCAAAACAAAACAAAAACAUAGAAAAAAACUAAUGUUAACAACAGCAGACAAGUUAUAUUGUAAAGAAACUCAAAUUUUACCAAAAAAAAAUUAUUUAAGUGUGGAUUUCGAUAGUAAUAUGAUUGAUUAUUCAAAACCUUCAAGAAUAUUGAUUAAUAAGUAUUCAAAUAAGCCCUACUGGCCAGAAUAUAGUGUUUCUAAAAAUAUUAGAGUGGUUGAAAAUCAACAAGAAAUAUAUGAAAUGGAAGAUAUAAGUUUUUUAAUUGAAAAUGGAAAAAUUUGUCCUUCAUAUCAUAAAUUUAUAGCUGAAUGUGAUAAAAGUACUAAUUGUGAUGAUGACACUAACCUAAACAAAUUAGAUAAUAUUGUAACACAUUUUGAUCGAGAAACAUCUAAAUUUUGUACUAAUGACUCUGAAGAAAGUGAUGAUGCAAUGGAAGUAGAUUUAAAUGAAUCAAAUGCAGAAAUAAUAGCACACACAGAUCUAGGAUCAGCUAAUCACAAUAACAAAGCAUUUUGUAAACCAGAUAAUUUAAAUUCUUUGUCACAGACAUUAUUAAUGGUGGAUUCAACAAAUAGCAGUGAUUACACAUUUUUUAAUCGUGAAAAAUUGUGUUACUUCAAAUGUUCUAAUCACUGGAAUGAUAAAUUCAGAAUGAUGACAAUUGACAGUAAACAGAAAGCAAUGCUUAUUAAAUCACGUAUAGCUCAAACACAUCAAACACAAUCCCAAACUAAUGUUCCUGAAAAUCAAUGUAACAAAUCAAAAGCUAUAAAAUUUAAAGUCAAUUUUUAUUCAGAUAAUUCUGCAAUAUUGAAAAAUAUAAAAUUAAAUUCUGGUAGAAACCAAUGUAGUUAUAUUAAAUGGAAACCAAUUAAUAACUUAAUUGGUUCACUUGAUCAAUCAAAUAUUAGGCCUAUCAGACAAUUAGAAAGUUGUAAGUAUAUAAACAUGAUUCCUAACUGGUAUAAAAAUGAAUUUGAGGAAUCAAAUUUUAAUACAAAUCCAAAUGCAUUGUACUUAUUUCCAGAACAAAAUAAUCUAAGCAACAGCUUAUCGAUGGAUGAAGUUCCAGUAGAAAAUACAGACUAUAUUAUUAAUCAUAAUGUCAUGGAUAUCGAGUGUGAAAAUGAGGAAGAUGAAAUGAUGACUGAAAUAAAUAAUGACAAUUUAACUAUAGCUUUAGGUGAAAAUAAUACACCAGUUAAUGCCUUUCAAGAGUGCCCUACUAGUAAUUCUGGAUACAUAGAUAUUCAUCAACUUAAAAAAUAUAUUAUGAAUAUUAUUAAACCAGAUGGCAAGAAAACAAUAAAUAUUUCAUUUGCAGAUUUGUUAUUAAAAUUGCCAAAAUUAUUACCGGAAAAUAUGAAAGAGAAUAUUAGUGUAUCUGUUAUAUAUGUUGCUUUAUUGCAUUUAUGCAAUGAAUACAGUUUAUGCUUAGAAAACAAAAAUGAUGAAAUUUUAAUAUCUCAAAGUAUUGUGAACAGUGAAAUAAUAUUAGAAUAA